AUGGGAAGCCUCGAAGAGUUCCAGAAGCUGCCGUAUAAUCCCGCAGCUCCGUUGCCAGCGCGCCCACCGCUGGUGGCGGUCGUUCAGGUGGUCAAAAUUGCCUACAAUGUGGUGAUUUUCCUCGGAAAAUUGAUUCCGCUGCUGGUUUAUUUGCUGUUGAGAAAAUUGACGGUUUGGCGAAAACCGAAGGACAUCAAAGGAUGGCUUGCUUUGGUCACUGGCGGUGCCAACGGGUUGGGUCGGGCGAUAGCAAUCGAGUUGGCCAAACAGGGAUGCAACGUUGCCGUGGCCGACUUGGAUGAGUACAACGCACUGCGAACGGUGCUGGAACUUCGCUACUAUGGAGUGAAAGCCGCCUCUUACAAGGUCGAUGUGGCGUGUCACGACGAGGUACAAAAUCUGCAGCAAACGAUUGAGGCCGAACUUGGACCGGUGGACAUUUUGAUCAACAAUGCCGGGCUGGUGCCGUUUCUGGUUUCCGAUGAAUAUGUGCCGGAAAAUCUUCAGCGAAUGGUUAAUGUCAACAUAUUGGCUAAUUUCUAUACGGUCAACAGCUUUCUACCUGGGAUGUACGUUCGACAGAAAGGUCACAUCGUGACGAUUGCAUCGGCUGCCGCCUACCUUCCCGUUGGCCUGAUGCGGCAUUACUCUACAACCAAAUAUGCGAUGAAAGGCUUUAUGGAAGAGCUUCGUGACGAAAUCAAACUUGCCGGUCACACGAAGUACAUCAAGACGACAACCAUUUUUCCAUUUCAACUGAACACCCGAAGGGAGCUGGUGGAUGCUGUGUUAAAAAUGCCAUUUUUCUCCAGACUUCCUGUAAUCGAUCCAGACCAGGCAGCGAGAUCGAUCGUCCGCUCGAUCCGGUGCAACCGGCGCAAGGCGUUCGCCCCUGACUGGUUCGGAGUUGGGCUGCUGACGUUUAUUGAUGAUAUGCCUCGGAAGAUAAAAUACCUAUUCCAGGACCAGUUUCUAGGAAAUUGA